GUUCCGUUAAACUUUCUCUCGUUUGCCAAGCAAUAUUUCACACUAUAAAUCAUUGAGAUUAGAAUGUUUAUUAUCGUAAAGCUAUCUGGAUAUUAUAUAAAUAAAUAAAUUAACUAUUUGUGUACAACAUGUGCUUAAUUGGCGCAAAUAAUAGAAAAUAUUUAAUUUUUUUUUAAUUUUAUUGUAUAAACAUGGAUUCGCAAUAUGAUAAGUUAAGCCAGCAACAAAUUAAAAUUUCAAUAGCGAAGCCCGAAGCAAAAAACUUCAUCAAGGAUAAUGAUGCGCUUUCCGUAAGCUGCACUAAUAGUUCCAGUGAUACGAGCCGCGAAAAAUGGGGUAAAGAAAUUGAAUUUCUUUUCUCAUGCAUUGCCUUAUCUGUCGGUUUGGGUAAUGUCUGGCGUUUUCCUUUCAUUGCUUUGGAAAACGGUGGCGGUGCUUUUGUUAUACCCUACAUUAUUGUUUUGCUGCUUAUUGGUCGUCCCGUUUACUACAUGGAAGUGAUUAUUGGGCAGUUUGCCAGCAGAGGCUGCAUAAAAGCCUUCGACAUGGUCCCAUUAAUGAAGGGAAUCGCUUACGGCCAGGUAUAUGCAACAGCCCUAGCUACUACAUACUAUGCUUGUGUGAUGGCUCUAACUAUUAAGUAUUUAAUUGCUUCGCUCUCGGAAAUAUUGCCUUGGAGUUACUGUCAACCAGAAUGGGGUCCAUUAUGCAUAUCAACUGCGGCUUUCAAUCACACGCAUUUAAAUAAUAAUAAUAAUACUUUGCUAGGGAAACCAACGUCAUCGGCAGAACUUUAUUUCACUAAAACAAUUUUACGUGAAAAGGAUAAUAUUGAUGAUGGCAUUGGUGUGCCAAAUUGGGAUUUAGUUUUAUGUUUGCUCUCCGCUUGGUUGAUAAUCUGCACUAUUUUAAUAAAAGGUAUUCGCAGUAGCGGUAAAGCUUCCUAUUUCUUAGCCAUAUUUCCUUAUGUUGUAAUGAGCAUAUUGCUGUGUCGUGCUUUAACUUUGCCAGGAUCUUUGAACGGAAUUAUUUACUUUUUACGACCACAAUGGGAUCAACUAUUAAAUCCAAAUGUUUGGUAUGCAGCGAUUACACAAAUGUUUUUUUCUUUGGCCAUAUGCUUCGGUACAUUGGUAAUGUAUGCUUCUUAUAAUAAUUUUCGCAAAAAUGUUUAUCGGGAUGUCAUCAUCAUUACCAGUGUCGAUUCUAUGACGUCAAUAUUAGCUGGAUGCAUUAUAUUCGGUAUAUUGGGCAACUUAGCGUAUGAGACGAAUACACACGAUAUUGCUCAUGUGGUUAAGGGCGGCGCGGGCUUGGCAUUCAUUUCCUAUCCCGAAGCUAUUGCCAAAUUUAAAUAUCUACCGCAGGUCUUUGCUGUUUUAUUCUUUUUAAUGUUACUGGUAUUGGGUAUAGGCAGCAAUAUUGGCAUGGCAUCGUGUGUGAUAACCGUAAUUAAGGAUCGUUUUCAAUAUUUACCCCAUUGGCUAUUGGCUAGCGGUAUGGGUGUAGUGGGUUUCAUUGUCGGCUUGGUCUAUACUACGCCUGGCGGUCAAUACAUAUUAAAUCUGAUCGAUUAUUUUGGCUGUUCGUUUAUCGCCUUAUUUUUGGCCAUAGCUCAGUUGGUCGCAGUUUCCUGGUUAUACGGCGUUAAGCGUCUAUGUCAAGACAUUGAAUUUAUGUUGGGCUUAAAAACCGGUUUAUAUUGGCGUGUUUGUUGGGCCAUUAUAACGCCGGGUCUGAUGUUUUUAGUAUUAAUUUACAGUUUAAUCAAUUAUCAACCGCUGGACUAUAAAGGCGUAAAAUAUCCAGAUGCAGUCUAUAACUUUGCCUGGCUGAUCUGGGCUGUAGGUGUGGGCCAAUUGCCAUUUUGGGCUUUAUACACCAUUUCCCAACAAUCCGGGAAAACUUUUAAACAAAAAUUGCAUUUAGCGCUAAAGCCCACCGAUAAUUGGGGUCCUUUAGAAGCCAAGCUAUUAGAUGAAUACAACUUGCAGCGUAAAAGUUUCGAUUACAAUGAUAGUUUAACGUUAAGCUGGCGUAGUCGUAUUUACGAUAAUAUUUUCGGUUAAAAUGAUCGAUAUCGUCGAGAAGCUCGAAGGAAGCCAAGCUAUACUCACCGUUGUUGUUUUCUUAUAUAUAUUGCAUUAAUAAGAGAUGGUUCGCUUUGUUUUUU